CUUGCAACCUCCCUUCCCUCGUUGAACAUGGAAGUCGCCGGCCUCGCCAUCGGCGUUAUCGCAGUCAUCAAACCCACCGCGGAAGCCAUCGCCACACUCUGGUCUGACACCAAAAACUUCGGCGCCGAUGCUGAGCGAUUCCGCCUGAGGUUCUCUGUACAGAUAACACGUCUCGAUGCCUUCGAACGGGUGCUAUUUGAAGCAAAUAAGUUUCCUCUUGUGCAGGGAAGAUUAUUCGAUCAGUUGCCGGAGAAUGUGCGCGAGAAUUUUGUAGAUCUAUUGAGGCAGCUAUAUGAGUUGUUGCAGAAGUAUUAUGCCGUGCAGAAACGGUAUGCUUUAGACGCGAGCGGCGACGAUUGGUUGACAGGGGGCAUAGAUGCCUUGGAGGUUGACGAGAGGAAGUCUGUCAUGUUGGGUAUUGGGAAAGCAGGAGACGCGAAGUUAUCCAAGGGUACUAGCUGGACGAAGAAAGCUAGGUGGGUUAUGAGUGACAAGAAGAGCGCCGAGGAUCUUGUGGCUGAGUUUGAAACGUGGACUGAACGAGUGAAAUCACUGUUGGAACUAGCAUGGUGGCCCUUGCCGUUCUUCUCGACCGUCUCACAAAUGGAGAAACUCGAGGAGGAUAAAGAUGCAGGUCAGGCCGGAAUGCUAGAAGGGAUUGGAAUGAGGAAAUUGCUUGCACCAGGAUCAUCUCAAAUCCCAGUUGAGACGGCAAAAACUCUAAAGAUUUCGCGGCUCGAAUUCAAGGAGACAAUAAAAUUCCAGGAAUUAGAAGUUGGGCAAAUUACUGGGAAAGGAGGGGUGAUUGUCGAGUAUAAAAGCUAUGAGCAGGAUCGAACCGGGAGCAUAAAUGAGAUCGUUUCUAGAAGGAUACUGCAACUUGUUGCAUUGCUUCACGAGACAAAAAAUGAUCGAUUCAGGGUUCUUCGCUGCAUCAAUUUUUUCGACGACGUUCCAGGAAAACGCAUCGGAUUCGCCUUCGAAUACCCCCCACAGAGUGUUCCGGCAUCUCUAAACACCCAACUCAUUUCUAAAAAACUGAAGCCUGCAUUAGGAACUCGUAUUAAGUUAGCUUAUGCAUUGGCGGAAUCAUUGGGGCACCUCCAUUCGGUGGGAUGGGUACACAAGAGCCUUCGCAGUGAGAACAUCAUUUUCCUCCCAGGAACAGCGACGGACCAACCCACGGAAAUUCCAGAAAUAGCCAUACUAGAACAGCCAAGGAUCUUUGGUUUUGAGUACUCCAGGCUCGAUUCCGAUUUUUCAAGUGGGAGACCAGAUUAUGAUAUCAAGCGAAAUAUAUAUCGGCACCCCCAGCGGUGGGGACAGCCUAGCGAGACCUUCUCCAAGAUUCAUGAUAUCUAUGCUUUGGGGACUAUGCUGCUCGAAGUCGGUCUCUGGGAAUCUCUCUCCCAAAUCGAUGGCGGUGCACUCGUAAACCCACCAGCAAAUACCACUAUUGCUGAGACCGCCGAAGCAACAAAAGCCCGAUUACUAAAGCAUACGAAACGGAGGCUGGCUUUUUAUACUGGAGAGAAGUAUCAGAAGGUUGUGUUAACUUGUUUGGAAGGGAGUUUUGGUGUGGAAUUUGAUGAUCGUUUGGGGUCAAGACUGAGCGGCAUGUUUAGCAAGCUGGUUGUUGAUGUUUUGAGAGAUCUCAGUAACUGUUUUUAGAGCUGUUUUGGUUGAGAACCAGAGAAAUCCGAUUAAUGCCAAUGUUUGGCCUCUUUGUGGUAGAAACCUCCGCCAAAAUGUGAC